CAUUUUGACACUCAAUACUGAAUUGUCGUACCAAUAAGAUUAUCUGGUUGUGAACUAAAGUGAAAUCAUUACCGAAUACUUCUUUCAAGAUGAAGUCAUUGCUAAUAGUCGUUGUCAUUUAUAGUGUUGCCUGUGCAGGAGAUGCAUCCGGACGAUUCAGAGCCAGUCGAAUGGGACGUUCAGCAGGAUUAACAACUGAUGUGGGAACUGGUAUUGACAGCCAUUCCGAACGCUUGGAAGAGACCAAAUCUGCAGACCAAGUUCAACCAUAUUACAUUUAUGCCAAGACUAUUACCAUACCUACACCAACACUACUGACACCAAGCUGUGCGCCAGGAUUCGAAUCUCACUUGAAACAUAUUCCUGAACAAACGGAUCCAAUAGUAAUUUGCCUGCCAAUCAAAAGUCCAGAAAAUUCCUAGAUUGUGACCAUCUGUCAAUGUGACAACGAGGUGAGGUUUGACGGUUUCGUAAACUCGAUCCAUCACAGCCUAACCUAACCUAACCCGACCCGAACGAUUAAAAUACAAAAUUAAAUUAGAACGUGAAUGGUAAUAACAGCGUUUUAGCACAAUAAAAAUACUUAGC